UCACGUGUUCUUUGCUUUUUUCUUUUGUUAAUUGUUAUUAUUAAUAAAUAAAAUGCUUAUUUGGCAUUUGCUGCUCUGGCCAGCAAUAAUAGCCAUAGCCAGUGCCACCAGUGCCGCACAGAAAAAGGCCGAAGUCGCCAAGCUGCGUAGCGAACUGGAAAAAGCUCUCGAAGAAGACGAUGCAGUUGCUCCGCCAGGAGUGGUGGUGGCACCUGGUUGGACCCAACCAUCUGGUCAUCCGCCCCCCGGAAAAGCCACCAAAGUGGUGGUGAACCCAUCCACGCUGAGCCAAGCAGCCGCCAUUCGCCAAGAGAUUCAGCAGGCGGUGGCUCACCAGGGACAAAACCAGGAGGUAGUGCAGCUGGAGGCGCAGCUCAAGGAAAGGGGCAGCACCAAGGAGACGCCUAAACUAGCUAAUCCCCGAAAGGAACUUUUAGGUGCCGCUGGUCAGGAGAAUCCGGAGGCCAAUGUGGUGGAAUCCCAAGCAGCUUCCCUAAAUCACAUAGAUCUGGAGCAACUGCAGCGUUUGGAGCUGUCCAAGAGGCGCACCCGCGAUAUGCUGAUCCUGCAGCGAAUCGAGGAGCUGCAGAACUUUAGUCUGCCCAUGGAUGUGGAUCGCUGGCUCACUUUGCAGGCCAAUGGAAGCCAGUUUCUAGUGGGUCAGCAAUCGGAGGACGGCUUCCUGGUGCUCAAAGAAGACUUGACUAUCCUGCAAAGCUUUCUGCAUCCCCUUCCGGUGACCGCCUGGCUGGGAUUCGAGGGUCUCCUCCUGUUGGCCUCACAGGAUCAGCUCACUUGGCUGCGUUUAAACGAGACUAUUGGACUGGAAACCUUCUGGCAUUGGCCAAUAGCUGGCUCCAGGGUCACCCAGCUGCGGGGAUUCAGCUGGGAGGGAAGGGAUUUCCUUGCCCUCGUUGCAGAGCACACACUUAGCAUUUAUUCGUAUGAUCUGAAGGCGCAGGAGUUCUGGAUUUCGCAGCGUUUGCAGCUGGCGGAGAUCAUAACCGACCUGGCCAUCAUGGAUACGGGCAGGGAACUCCUCCUGGCUGUGGGCCAAAGGGAUGAGGCAUUCAUAUAUGUUUGGAAUUGGAGUUCCGGGAGCGCAGAGCAACCCCUGCAACUGCGCCAGAAGAUUGGAGCACCCGAGGUGACAGGCAUCACUGCCUUCCAAAUGGGCGGACGCAGCUAUUUGGCGCUGGGCGGGAUCCUGGCCCAGAUCCUGGUCUAUGUGCAGGGUCAUCUAGUGCCACGCACCAUCCUGGGCCAGAACUUUGGCUUCGUCGAGCACUUUCUGCCCAUUCCGGUGCGCAGCUACCGGGAUGAUCUCCUCCUGCUCGUCCAGCAUCGCGUGGUCUUCGAUCCGCACUCGCUGCUCGUCCUGGAGGUUCUCGUCUGGACGGGCGAGGCCUUCGAGGCGGGCCUCCUGCCUCCCUCGUGUGGUGAGACCUUUGGAGCAGGCUGCAUGCUGGAUCAGGAGUGGGAGCAUGGGCUCCUAGGGUCUGUCCUCCUCCGUCGUUCCGUGGAUCAACCGCCUUAUGUGCUGGUGCCCAGAAGGGGACUCUUUCGGCUGGAAACUCAGCUGCUGGCGAGGAAUUCAGAGACGCAGGACCUGCUGGAGAUCAAGGAGUUCAUGGAGCAGUGGGUCAACGAACAGGAGGAGCUACUAAAACUGGCAGAAGAACUCUUAACAGAAGAGGAGGGUUAUGAACUCUAUAAAGAAGUUAUAACCCCCUUGGUAAUCAGCGAAGGAGGAACCAUUGAGGAGCUCUUUGUGAACGAAGCCCGCUGGACAGGAGCAGAUUUGGCUGUGGAUAUGAACGAGCUGCUCGCGCAGAUUCUCCAGCUGAGCGAGGAACUGAGUUCCAAAAAGCGCACUAAGCGUCAACCAGAUUCGCUCUAUAACUUUCACUACGAGCAGCUGGAGGUGGAGGCCAUUGAGGCGGGGGAUCUUCUCCUGGAGAGGCUCAAUCAUGUGCCCUUUUACAUACAGAAUGCCUCGCUGGAGUUGCCUCUAGGUGUCCUCAAUGUCCAGGAGCUGGAAUUACUAGAGGCCGUUAAGGAGGAGCUUGUCCUGGUCGAAGGUAGCGAAUCCCAUGAGUCACUGCAUCUUACUGGCGAUUUGGAGUGCAGCUUUAUCAAUGGAAUGCCGUGCAAUCAACUAUUUCAGGAACUAGUGUGGCGUCAUCAGCCGCUCAAGCUGCCUGAAUUGAAUGUGGAGGGACCCAUCAUAUUUGAGGAUGUUCUUCAUGUCAACUCUCUCAACGAUCUUAGCUUCCCAGGAGACUUUCUCUGGUCGCAGGGCAACGAGACGAGUGUUGUGCAAGCGCCCAAGGAGUUUACCCAAACGCUCUCUGUCAAUGCCGUGGACACUUCGGGAACCAUUAAUGCCGUGAAUCCGCAGGAUGUCAUCACCCUCAGCGAUUCGCAGGACUGGCCGGGAUGGGUUACUUUCUCGCAUCUAGAGGUUUCCGAGGAAUUGGAGCUCAAUGGCAGCGCCCAGGGCCGCCAGUUCGAGGAGGCGCCCUUGAAUCCCACCCUGCUGGAAUCGCGUCUCAUCCAAGCGGACUGCCAUUUCGAUCAGCUUUUUGUGCGCGGUCCCGUGCGACUUCUUGGUGGGCUGGACAACGACACCCUGGACUCCCUGCUGGGCGAUCUCGUUCAGCGUUCCCAGAAUUCGGGCGACGAACUACUUGUGGGGGGAAGAAAGCACGUGGAUCAGCUUCAAUUGCCAGUGGAUGCCCAUGUGGCGGAUCAGCGACUCACUGGGAUUCCCCUCGAUGAUUUUGUAACCAAACAUACGCAGCAAACGCUAAGGAAUCUCAGCCAACUAGGUGGCUAUGUCUACUUUCAUCAGCUGGAACUUGCCGAGGGUUUCGCCUACGAUGGCGUUCGAAUCGAAGAGCUGCUCGCCGAGAGUCUGCGAUUGGAUCAUAAUAAUGGGCCGCUGAUUUCCCCCCUCACUCGCCUGCGUUUUGUUGGCCAAUCCCCUCCAGAAUUCUCCCGCCUUCAGGUGGAGAGCAGGUUGAACGAGGUGCCUCUAUCGAGUGGCUACCAGCGGCUCCAUGAACCGCUUCAUCUCAAGGGAGCCAACUUUAGUCGCUUGUUAGCAGGACAAGCUCAAAUCAAUCAUGAUAUAGUUGGUGAUGGACUCUUGAAUGGCAAGAAUUUGGGAGAUUUACUGCAGGAGCAACCACACACUUGGUCGGGUGAAGUGCAUGUCCAGGAACUGUUUCUCCCACGAGGAGUUCAAACGCAAAAGUUACAGGGCCUGAAGGCCAACCUUUUGCUGGAUUUCCUGCAGCAGCUGGACGAGCUGCCCUUGCUGAUUCUCCAGGGACGCCUCCAAGUGGAGCACAUCGAAGUGAGCGGGGAAGUCCAGGUGGAAACCCUAAACGGAGUGGAUAUCAACGAACUUCAAAGACAGGUGGUGUGGCUGGAUAGACCCAAUGAACUGAGGACGCGUUGGAUUCUCGCCGAAGCUCCCCAGUUCCAGGGAAACCUACGAAUCCUGGGCAGCUACAACGAUCGCCUGCUUCCCGAGUUGCUAGACGACAUCGUGCUGCGUUCGGAUAGCCAGGAAGUAAUGAUAAUUGAGGGCACCAAAAGCUUCUUGGCUCCCGUUCACGUGGCAGAUCUCCGAUUGGCGGCCCUCAAUGGGAUUCCCUUCGAACGGGUGGCUAAUAAAGUGAGUCCAUUGAAGCUGGAAGGCAAUGUCCGUCUCCUAGGACGACUCUUUGUGGAGGAACUGCAGUUGAAUGAUGGCGGAGUAACCGGAGAACUGGAGAAACUCCUCCGUUGGGAUCCCACUAUCCAAAGAUUCGUUCAUCGUGGAUUGAUUGAACUGCCGGGAGGAAAUCAUGGACUGGAGAAUCUGGUGGUGCUGGGCCACUUGGGCAAUCGCAGCGAGGAGCCUAUUAGGGAGCUCUUCGAUCAACUGAUCUUCAAGCAGCAGCCAAGUGGCGGUGCCCAUUUGCAGGACCACAAAACUUUUACAGGUCGUAUUCGCAUCGAAGAUGGAGCUUACAUCAAUCGAUUCAAUGGUCUCGAUGUGGAUCAGCUCCUGGGAUCCCUAAUCUAUGUAGAUUCGCCCGAGGAAGCUAUUGUAGAAACCCCCGUUCGCUUUGCAUCCUCCGUUAAAAUGGAUCAGCUGCAAGCAGAUCGUCUCGUACUCACUGGAGAUCUCCUCCAUGGCUGCAAUGUGAGUCAGUGGCUCCGCGAUACGAUUCGUGUGGAUCGCGAUAUUCAAAUGCAGAAAAUGACCUUUGCCAAGGGAUCGCUGGAUGGGAAUGAAUUGCAAGUGGAGGAGCUCAAUCAAGUGAAUCUUUCGCGAGUGGUCACCCGUUACACAGAGCAGCAUCUAAGUGAUCCCCUCCAGGCAGACGAACUCCUACUCGACGGGCAGUUGGUGGUCCAUGGAAGGGUUAAUGGCCAUAAUCUAACCGAGGAAUAUGCCAACACUUUGAUGAUUCAUCCUACGAAAGAGCAGCAUGUGGAGACACCUCUAUUCUUGGGUAGCCUUUUUGUUGGCGGAAAUCUGGAGAUUAAUUCUCCUGUUAAUGGCUUGAAUCUCAGCGAUGUGGCCUCUUUGGAUGAGGAUCAAGUGCUCCUCCAGUCACCGCUGUACUUUGCCACCCUGCAUGCUCCGUUUCUAAAAGCCGAACAGAAACUAAACGGCUUUGAUUUCAAGGAUUGGUACGAAGGAAGCCUGUGGGCGCGUGGCAGGGAUCAGCAGGAGAUCACCGGCAAUUGGCGCGUAAAUAAACUGAAAGUGAAGCAAUCCUCGGAUGAUGAUGAUUUGCGACCACGUCGCCAGACUCCAGAGGAGAGCUACCGUGAGCUGUGCGAGGGUUUGUCCCGGAUUCUCCUGCCCUAUCAGGUGCAAAGGCUGCGCAAGAGUUUCUCCCUGAAGCAGGCGAAGGAUCAGCCGAAUAUACGUAGGAUUUUUGCCUUGGAGGCGCCGGGAGGCCUAGCCUAUCUGUUGAUUAACGAGCAAGGCUGCUGGACCCGCAUUCACCGAUGGAAUGGUUCCUCUUUCGAUCGAACAGAUGGCUUUCAGAGCGGACCCAUAGACCAGGUGGUUGCUCUGAGUUCCAGUUCCCAGAAAGAGGAGGAGUUUGCCUUCAUGACGAGCUAUGAGUUGCGGGAUGAUGAUAAUGAAGCCUCCAAGAAUUGCAGUGGAUUGAAACCCAUUCUCUUAAGUGGCUGGCAAGUCAAUAAGACAAUAAAUACAGAGAAAAUGCAGAUACCCCAGGACACAUUGAGGAAUCUCAAGGAGCAGCACGAGCAGCGACCUUUACCCAUUCACAGUUGGGAAUACCAGCAGGCCAUCAAGUAUCUAAAGCGUCCCAUUAUUGAAUCUCAGUUGGGUUCCCAGUGGCAGGAGAACGAAACGAAUCCCCUGGAUCUCGCCAGGAUGCGCAGACGCCUGCUGGAUUCCUUAGAAUUCCAACUGCAGGCGGAGGUGAACAUCACCCAGUUGAGUAUUCCCGAGAGCGAUCUUUUUGACGAGCACUUGGUGGAGGAUUUCCUCCAGCUAAUGCAUCAGUUGCAUAGCCUGCGUCGUCAUCUGAACACAGACACUCUACCUUUGCCGAAUACUCCGGCCAAAGUGCUGGCCGCCCGGAGUGCCCAGCUCAUCUGGCCAACGCUGCAGGAGCUGCGGGGAUUGAAUGACCAGGAUAAUGAUACUCUAACACGCUUUCAAGAAAUAAUUCUAGAGCAAACGCUAUUGGAUGUUCUUACGUUGGCCAACAAGGAAUCAGAUGAUAAUAAUGAUGAUGAGAAGCUGCAUGCUGUUAUCCAGAGAUUGAGAAGGCUGAAGGAGGAUCUCAAGGAGCAGGAGGACCUGGAGAACCCAGAGGCAGCCUCCUCUUCGAACCGGGAAGAGCAGUUUCUGCCGCCGGACUGGCGACCUGUUUCCACCAUCCGCUUGAUUGUGGGUCCCGCCAGUCGUGGCCGCCUCCUUUACGCCCGCUUGACCGUUUUGCAACCUGCGGAUGGCCUACCGCCCACCACGCCCUCCUCCGCGCCCGCCGCCCACAUCCAAUUGCAUCAUGUGAAUGGUUCCCUCUUUCAAUCACUGGCCGCCGAGCGAGGAGCACGAGAACUAGUCACUUUGAGGAUCAGGGAUGAGACACUGCUGGCCUUCGUGGAGGGAUGCUGCCGGAUAAGGGUGCUGAUCUAUCGAGGAGUUCAGGGAUUCGUGGAGUUUGCCAGAUUUCGAGCAUCCAAAUCGGAUGGGAAUGGAGAGAUCUUGCAAUUAGUAUCCCUGCGUCUGCCCCUCCGACGGCCACCGGGAGCCAUGUAUUCGUUGGCCGUGGUCCAAGCCAGAAGCGUCACGUUCUAUGAACUGGUUAUAGCCGGACUACUAGAGCCCUGGAUGCAGUGCUGAUAAUAUCAGAUAAUAUCUUA